CCAUCGGUUUCCUGAGAAGUGCUUGUUGUGUUUAUUGACUCGUCAGCUGACGUUCACUUCAGUGCUGCAUUGUUGUCUUUACUGUAUGUCUGCAAAAGGCGCUUUGCAGAAUUGAGGUUUGAGGAUUACUUUCUUCAAAAGUGCAGACGAUUGUUUCAGAAUGACACAGUGGGAGCGAUUGCAGCAGCUGGAUACAGUGUAUUCACAGAGGGCUUUUGAUCUGUACAACAGAGAUGAGUUCCCAAUGGAAGUGAGACAUUACUUGGCACACUGGAUCGAGGGCCAGGAUUGGGAACGUGCUUCGCGGGACUCCUCCCAAGCCGCGUUCCUGUUUCAGGUGCUUUUGGAGAAUCUGGACAACCAGUUCAGCCGUUUUGCGCAAGAGAGAGAUAGUUUCCUACUGCAGCGUAAUUUCAGACGCUACAAACAAAACUUUCAGAAAUAUCAAGAGGAGCCCUAUACUCUUGCUAAUAUUAUCCACUGGUUCCUGGUGAAGGAGAGAGAAAUUUUGAAUGAUGCAGAGCUUGCACAGCAAGUGCAGACAUUGCAGGUUCAGCCAGCGGCAAUGGAGCUGGAGAGCCAGAGACAAGUAGAAAAGAGUUUGAAAGACCUUAAGACCAAAGUAGAGGUGAUGGAGCACAGCAUAAGGUGUUUGGAGGAGCAGCAAGAUGAGUUUGAUUUUAAAUAUCAGACACACCUAAUGGACUGUUGCACAGAAGAAGAGAAGAAAAUGCAAGCAGAAGGGCUUCAGAAGAUGCUAAAUGCACUCGAUAAAUGCAGAAAGAACUUCCUGUCUGAUAUCUCGACUAUGUUGGACGCUGCUGAUGUUCUGCGCUCAGUGCUUAUAGACGAGGAACUGGUGGACUGGAAGUGGAGACAACAGAAGUCCUGCAUUGGUGCUCCUGAUGAUACAAGUCUGGAACACUUAGAGAAAUGGUUCACUCAAAUUAUAGAGUGCAUGUUCCAGCUGCAGAAGUUCUUACAGAAGCUGGAUGAGCUGGUAGGAAAGAUGACCUAUGAGAAUGACCCUAUUCCAGUCCGAAAACCCCCUUUAAAGAGUAGAGUGGACACUCUACUGACCAACCUAAUAAAGAGCUCAUUUGUUGUAGAGACUCAGCCAUCCAUGCCACAAGGUCGAGGCUCCCUGGUGCUGCGCACGAAUGUUCAGUUCUCAGUUAAAGUCAGAUUGUUAUAUAAAGUUUCUGAACUGAACCAUGUUAUGAAGGUGACUGUUUCUGUUAACAAUGCUGCUUCACAGCUAAAAGGGUUUCGGAAAUUUAAUGUGCUGGGUACCUUAAGUAAAGCUCUUAACAUGGCUGAGAGUAUGAAUGGGGGCAUGGUCGCUGAUUUCAGACAUUUGACUUUGAAAGAUCAGAAAGUUGGUGGUGGAGGAAAAGGAAUCAAUGAUCUCUCAUUGAGUGUGACUGAAGAACUGCACAGAAUAAUCUUUCAAACCCAGUUUGACUAUCAAGGCCUGUCUGUCCCUUUGGAGACCUUUUCCCUUCCUGUUGUGGUGAUUUCAAACUCCAGUCAGCAGCAGAGUGCUUGGGCAUCCGUUCUGUGGUUUAACAUGCUCUGUUCAGAUCCCGAGAACGUCAAGUUUUUUGAAACCUCUCCUGCAGCCACUUGGCCACAGUUUGGGGAAAUGCUAAGUUGGCAGUUUCUCUCUUGUGGGAAACGUGGUCUAGACAAUGACCAGUUGGAGACCCUCGCCAUCAAGCUCUUUGGUAAACAACAGAGCUAUGACAACUGUAAGAUAUCCUGGACCAAGUUCAGUAAGGAGAACCUCCCUGAUACAAACUUCAGCCUGUGGGUGUGGCUGGAUGGCAUUCUAACCCUGGUUAAACUCUACCUGUCAGAUCUGUGGAGUGAUGGGUCUAUAAUGGGCUUUGUCAGCAAGGGGAAGGAGAGACUUUUAUUAAAGAAGAAGCAGAAUGGCACUUUCCUAUUGCGUUUUAGCGAAAGCAUCAAAGAUGGAGGAAUCACAUUCAGCUGGGUGCAGUACGCGAACGAUGGCACUCCGAGUGUGCAAACAGUGAAACCAUUCACCAGUACUGACUUAAAGCAGAUUGCUUUACCUGAUAUCCUCUGCAACUUUCGGAUGAUGGUAGCAGAAAAUAUUCCAGUUAACCCACUGUGUUACCUUUACCCGAACACUCCCAAAGACCAGGCCUUUGGCAAAUACUACAGUGAAAAGACUGGAGAAGAGAAUCCUUAUCUGAAGUACCUCAAAACCAAACUGGUUUUUGUCUCUAAAGAGAAUGGCUGUUCUGGCGUCAGAGAGGGGCCAGAAUCUGACCUGUCCACACAGGACAGAGACCCUCCUUCUUUGUCUGACGCGGGUGAUGAUGGCUUGUUGCUCCAAGCGUUUGAGAAGUCUCCAAUGCUCUCCAGCUCUACCAUUGAUGAUGAUAUGCUUAACAGUAUUUUGGACAGUGAUAGUGAGUGCACUGUUCCAGAAGCAUUUCCUCCAACCGCCCCCCACACUUCACCAUCAUGCCUCCAGCACAACUUUUCAGAGAGUCCUUUGGAUAUCUUUGCAGACGCACUCUCUCCAGACAUUGAUGUUAAUGUCACAUUGCAUGAGUUUCUAAACUCUCCAAACAUCCUAAAUGGGAUAAACUUUCGAAUGCUGCAGGAGGAGUCAGAUGACUUUGCCCUUGAUUCUGGUUUGAUUCAAGACCUUGGCUAUCCUAACAUACCGCUGACCCCCUGAAUGUCAUCCUUUUAACACAAAACCAUGAUUAAUGUGAUUAGCUAAAUCUCAAGCCAUACAAUGAUUUCCAUAACUGAUUUGUUGUAAAUAAGUAUCAAGUAGACAGGCAAAAUACAGCUCAUUACUUCAUUUUCAGGACUGAUUUCAUUAUUACUUUAUCCAUUUAGUGUUUAUAUCUGAAUGUCUACACAUCCAGUCAUCUGUUACUUAUCUCUAUUCCUUUUUUUUAUCAGAGUAAAGUCUUUGAAAAGGCUUAGAGGUCAAAAAUAGAACCUUUAGGAUGAGGUCUUGUGACCUCACUAUUCGUAAGCUGCUAGCAAAUAUUUGUCCCUAUAAAAAUAAGAUGGAAAAAAAAGGUUUUAUUGAAAUUAAUUCAAACAAUAUCCAAGCAUUUUUGCAAAUGGAAAUUAGUGGAGAUUUGAGAAUAGAGUUUGGAAGACUAUUUAUGUAAAAAAAAAAAAAAAAAAAAAAAAAAAAAAUUUCUUCAGUUUGACCCAAGUAAAGAUCAGGUUUUUAUGAUCCAAGUAUACAAUCAGCUUUUAUGCAGGUCGAAAGAAAAGUUUGUAUUCUUUUAUUCUGAUUAACUGGGCCUUAUUGGAAAGAUAAUUUGAUAGUGAAUGCAAUAGACUUUAUUAAUGUGUUAAGCACCUUUAGUUAUGUGAAUCAGGCAUUAGCUUUGAGCUAAUGGUUUAAAAAGCAUCUCAACUGCAAAGAUAUUUAUGUGCAUGCAUUUAUGACUAUAGAACAAAUUCUCCAUGCACACAGUGCAAUUUUCAAGUUUGAAAAAGUGAAAAAAAAAUGUCUUUGCAAAAGCAACAAUGAAUUUAAAGCACCUUAAAUAGUGCCUGGUUUAAAUGUUAUCACUUAAUUUGACAUUUGUAGGCACCAAUGUUGAUCAAGCUUUUAUAGUAGUCUUUAAAUCUAGAAUCUGAGGCACCCUCACUUCUUUGUCUUUUGUGAUAAAUUUUUAUUUUGUAUAACCACUAUUGAGACUGUAGAAAAAACCUGAAUGCUUUGCUUUUUGAUUUGAUGGCUUUCACUAAACUGCCCAACUUGAAGCCAAUAGAAAUACUCCAUUACCCUGUUUUUGAUACUGGAUAGUGAAGUCAUCAAUUACAGAGUUUAGAUUAGGCAGAUACUAUUUGAAAAUGGAAAUUAUUAUUUUGACACUGCUCUAUUAUUUUGAAAGUUGAAAUAAGUUCUGUUAUUCCAGUUAAAGGGAGAUUAUUCAGAGCUUUAUCUCUCUGGUGAAAAUACUCUAUAGUGUUUGUUUUAGAUGUUAAUUUCUUUCAGACAAAAUGAAUUUGAGUAAGACUGAUUGUAUGAUUACUCUGAGAGUAACACUGUGAUUUCUGAUGGCAGAAAAAAUGCACUUAAGUGAAAAUGUAAGAAUAGAUUGCUUCUGAUUUCUUGGUAAGUGAAAUGAUUUGUUUUGUAACAAUGUUUACAGACAAAGUGGAUGUGUUCCUCUAACUGAAUCUUUUGGGUCCUGGAAGAGAUUGGACAGACUCUGAAAUCUUCUAGAGAGAAAAAAGGCCCAAAUAGACCCCCCCCCCCCCCAACAUUUCCUUUUUUGUAAAGUUGUUUUAUCACUUUCUUGCAGAAUCAUUUUUAAACUAUGAGCACUUCUGUUUUUGAAUUUGUAGACUUUUUCAAAUGCAUGUAACCAAGUUUUGCAUUGUGUCCACUGUCAACCUUACUGUAACGUGUUUUGUAUCUGUGAACAAGACAUUGUAGAGUUGAAAUUCCUGAGUGCUAACAAUGGUACAAUAUUCUCCAAUAAAACAUAUAAUGAGAGAAAA